AUGAAGGCGGAAUCUGCAAAAUCGCCAGUAAAAACAAAUGAAACUUCCAAUUUCAAGAAGCCAGAUGAAGUCAUCAAGGUUGCUGUGAAGACGCCAGAAAAGAUUAUUGAAAAGACAACUCCAAAGAAGCCGCCGGAGGUUAAAACUGGAGUCAAAACGGAAGUUAAGAAGACUGAGGCUAAUGCUAACAUCAAAAUAUCACCGACCAGCAAUGAUAGCCGCUUAAAUUUUAGACCGUUAAGAACUUUGGAUCCAUCAAAAUUGAUGAAGAAAAAUGUGAAGAAUAUCAAUACGAAGCCUCCGGCUAGUGUUGAACUGCCGAAACAACAUCAGCAACCACCUCCCACUCCAAAAAUUAUGUCAAGGGUCCAGUCAAUUAAUAAUUUCGUAAGAGAGGUUGAUUUGCCUAAAACAUCUGAUAUUGCUGCGGCAGCUGCUUCUGUUUUGCCUGAGAUCAUUCAAGAAAAUGGACGAGGGGGAGAUAUUGGAAUUUUGAAGAUGAUUUUGUUAGAAUUUAUUAAGCGUAUAGAUCCAUUUGCUUGCCGUCUUUUGAAUUAUUUACCUCGUGCCGCUUUGUAUGAAUACGAUUCUCUCGAAAAGAAAUGGAAACGAACAGAAACGGAAGGACCAUUUGUCGUUUUCUCGCGAAUUGACGAGCCAUUUUAUUCUUUGUUGGUGAUUGAUCGUAAACAACGAGGAAAGGAAGAUUUUCUGCAACCGCGUUCCUGGCAUUAAACUUACUAAUAAGUCUCCAUAUAUUUUUAUUAGCGGCAGGCAAGAUAGUAAGAGUUUUUGGUUUUUAUUAAGUUUCAUUUUAAAAAAUUUUUCUUGUUUUUAAUUUCCGUGCCGAAGAGUCCAAUAAAAAUCAA